AUGUCGGAACCAUUAAAGAGAAAACAAACAGCGACACAAGACACGAGCAAAAGACUCGACGUAAUGGCUGAGAAUCAUGAAGAAAUGGAGAAUACUUGUCCACUUUGUAUGGAAGAAUUAGACUUGACAGAUCAAACGUUCAAUGCUUGUCCAUGUGGUUAUCAAGUCUGUCUCUGGUGCUGGCAUCAAAUUAAGAAUGAAUACAAUGGACUCUGUCCAGCCUGUCGUCAGCCCUACGCUGAAUUAUCAAAGCAGAAGAAUUCACUGGACCGUGAAGAAGUCGUACGACGAGCAAAGCAACGAAAACAAAAGGAAAAGAAUGACCGACGUUCAGGAGCACAGGCAAAAUAUACAACUGGGAACCGUAAAAGUCUUCAGAAUGUUCGCGUCAUGCAGCGUAAUUUAGUUUACGUCAUUGGUCUUCCUGUCCGUUUUGCCGAUGAAGAUAUUUUACGCUCGAACGAGUGUUUUAGUCAAUAUGGCAAGAUUGUUAAAGCUGUGGUGAAUAAGUCACAUUUGACCACAGAUCGAAGUAAUGCUACGGCUAGUGGUUAUAUUACAUUUGCUCACAAGGAGGAUGCACAGUGCUGUAUUAUGGCAAUAGAUGGAUACUCUCUGGACGGUAGUGUACUGCGGGCGUCAUUUGGAACGACGAAGUACUGCAACUUUUUUUUGCGGAAUAUGCAGUGCAAUAACCCCGACUGUUUAUACCUGCACGAGCUGGGCGACGAGGAAGAUAGCUUUACAAAAGAGGAGAUGCAAGCUGCUUUACAUUCUAGGAAGGCGACAUUUCGAGAUGUAUCGAUGGUGAAUGAACAGACAGAAGAUCGAGCAGGGUCACGGUUUCCGCCACCGCGUAGACCUAGUACAUCAUCUUCUAGCUCAGGAGCGUCCGCUAGUGCAAAGGCUUCGUCUCCAGCAAGAGGAACUACAUUAGACAGAUCACACAGCGAGGAGGUUUACGGCGAUAAACAGCGACAUGCACAGAGCGCAGCAGCAAUAUCUAAACUCAGACAAGCAUCAGGCGAUAGCAACAAUAGUCCAGGGUCUUCACCGCAGGACCGUUUACGCGAAGCAACAACACAAAACACAGAAUACCCGCCCCUGGCACGCGAAGAUUCUUACAGCAAAAUUGUCUCUGGAAAACACAAUAGCAGUAAGGCAAAUGUGGCAGCAAUGAAUCAGUCUGAUGAUGUCCACAGCACAAAGCCACAGCUACGAGUAGACACAUCACGGGAAGAAGAUACAACACUUGCCGUGGACAGUGUAGUAAGGCCAUUGGAAGCACUCAAAUUGGUGACAGGGUCUUCAACUGAGCAGCCAGCAUGGGCACAACCAUUCCCGACUCCAUCGGUAUGCCACGACGAGAAGAAAGAGCAUAUUACGACAAAUGCCACCAGCAGUGACACUAGUAAUGCAGCAGAUGUUUACAGUCCGUUUGGGCUUGGCUUUGAAGGUGGCAUUUGUCGCGCCAGUAGCGCCAGAGAGCUCAUGUCAAACUCGCCAGGGUCUAGUAGCGUAUGGAAAUCUUCAAACGCAUCAGAUGAUCGCCUCAGCUCGCUCCCGCCUGCCGCUCCAAUAACGCCUGUGUCUACGAGCUCUGCAUCGUCGUUCGCGUCAAUCGAUGCGAUUUUCAGUCAGCGAAAGGAUCCGUCAGAGGCACUUGCAGGGCUACUCGGUAUCCGAUUGAAUUCCAAUCCAUUGGUGCAUGGUGCGCCACUGACAGUACCACCGAAGGACGAACAUAUCUCGCGCUUUUCUUUCGCAAAUUCUGCAGAUGUUAGUCGUAGUGGUAUGCCGCAUACGUCAGAUCGUUAUGAGUUGCUGGAUACAGCAUCUGUCGACUGCUGUAGAUCGUUCGGUGGAUUUAACGCUGCUCGUGCCGGGAAUGCUCCGUUAGUAUCUUCAGGGUUCCCUUCACCAACGGAUCGGUCUGGCUUUCCACCACUCGGAAGUUCUCAACAGCAACUGCACCACGCUCCCCCACUGAUGCAUCCGUCUAGCAGUUCGUUUGGUGGUGACUAUAGCAACAGUGAGCUGCCACGAAGCAAUAGUGGUGCAGUCGCCGGGGAGUCCGGCGGUCUCGCGUUUUUACAGCAAAUGCUGCCGAAUGUAAACAUCAGUUUUGGAGGUGACUACCCUGGUCUGUUUGGUACAGGCUCAAGUGGGGUCGAUAAAGAGACUACACCUGCUCGCACCACGAAUGUAAGCCGAGAUCGUGCAGGGCGUCGACUGUUUGAACGCAGGCAGAGUGGUGGUGGCAGUUGUGUUCCGCCAGAUUCUUGGGAUGGUGGAAGUUUUAGUUCUUUUGGUUUUGAUGGACAGUCCAGCUCUCAGCAAACAUCGGGUGGAUUGUCGAUCUAUGAUCCAGCCCUUGUGCCGCAGUCAUCAAAUGGAUUCUCGAGCGAUUUUUACGGCUUUAGUUCCUCGAGCUCGACGGUCCCCGGCAACACCGAAAGUGAACGCCUUUGUAUGCAAGGUGACUUUGGCGGCGAGACAUAG